UUAUGUAUGUAAUUUCUGCUGACUCGACACUGUCGUGAUUUCUCCACAUAAAUUCCUUAUGAGCGUGAAAACCAAUAACACUCCGAACCCAGCGAUCCCCCUGAGGCCCCGCCCACACGGAGCCCAGAAUGUGACCCGUUGACCGGAACUGAACCAGGACCGGACCAACCUGGAGACUGACGAGCGCGAGCAGGUUGCGGACACUUGACAGACCAUGUGGAAGAAACCCAUCCUCCUGCCACCGCCGUUGCUGCUGCUGCUGCUGCUGAUGCACAGUGCAGAAGCUGCAGUGGCGUCUCCAUGCUGGCAGGGGGCGACCUUCUCUGAGGCAGUGGUGUCCCCUGCUGUGGAGAGCAGCGGGAUCCUGCGGAUACCCGACGUGUCCACACUGCCGCAGUGUGUGGCCGCAUGCUGCGACCUGCCAGGUUACGACCUGGCCUGGCUGUUUGAGGGCCGCUGCUAUAUCCUGAGCUGCCAGCAGAGGGAGAAUUGCCAGCCCCGACAGCGACAGGGCGCCGACUCGUUUCUGGCCUUCCUGCGGCGGGCGUCCCCGCAGAAGCUGCUGCUUCAGUCUCUGGUGCGAGGCAAGCCGUACAGUGGCCACUGGGGGGCGCUGUCGCGGUCAUCUGAGGCACCAGGCGACCUGGAGGAUCUGAAGGACCUCGCUCUCUUUGACGGAGAUCAGCCGGACGACUUUGACCCGGGGGUUCUGAGAUAUUCUGACAGAAGCCAGGAGCAGCAGCAGCAGCCACACGGUGGGUCAGCGGCAGACACAACGACUGAUCGGCCGUCUGUGACAAACAGAUACGCCUUCAACCAAUCAGAGGCGGGUGAUGGUCCAGGAAGGGGUGUGGCCCAGAUCCAGGCAUCAUCUGAGGGGAACAGAACGUCAACGUCAGCUGACGACAGAAGCGGGAAAACCACCGAUCGUCCGUCUGCUGAGAAAACUAGCAAAACACAGAGCAGCUUUGUUUCCACGUCACUGACACAGUCAGCCACUGACUCCGCCCCUCAGGACCAAAUAAUGACUUCAGCUCCGACACUGGCCACGCCUCCUCAACCCAGCAGCAGCAGCAGCUCGACCUCUCGUCCAGUGAUGAUGUCACUGUCGACUGCACAACCUACAGAUAAUAUGGACACUUCAGUUUCCCCUGAAGCCACAACAGGUUCACCGCCACACUGA